AUGCAGAACCAAUCCAUCAUGGUGUCUGGUCAAUUCGAGUCCGCUCGGGUGCAUCCGCGCCGGCGGCCCGUCAUAAACACCUCGCUGGCCCCCGAGGGGGAGUCCAGUUCUUCUAAAAUGCAACUGAAGAAGGGCGAGACGUUCAAUACCCCGACCAGUCCGCCGUCGAGUGAUCGUGAUCCAGUGCUGAACAUUCGAUCUCUUCCUCGUCGCUCGCCAACUUCUCUUGACGCGAUUGCCGCUAGUGAGCAGCGUAUGGCGUCUAUUCUUGAGCGCUUGACCCUUGAUGAUCAGCCCGAGGACAAGUCGUCCUCCGUUGAUGCGCUCGAAGGUCUUCGUAGUGUGGACGAGGUCAAUGCCGAGUCCAAGUCUGCCGUAUCAACUCCCUCGAUGCCGUCGAGCGAGGAUGGAUAUGACCUGUUCCCUUUGGAUAAGAAGGAGCAACCGCAUCAACAACAACAACGCGACCAAGACCACGGCCACGAGUCCGAUAGUGGCCUUGGGUCCUCAGUCAGCAGCCGGGACUCGCUGGCUGACCCAACUGAGAAAGUGAAUCAUGAUCUUCACAUGAAGCAAUCCCCAUCUUCCAUCAAUUUCCUCCAAGGCACCAGCGCUCGCCGGCAAUUGUCGUAUGCUGCUUGCAAAAAGAUCGAGCGCUUUAUUCUCGUCCCCAUUCUCAAGGAACCGAAGCUUAAGCCGUUCCACCCUCUCGUCAGGAGUAUUCCGACUCGCAUCGUUAACAAGCAAAUUGUCUGCCUCCGAGAUCUCGAAAAAAUCCUCUUGUGGCUGGCUCCUAAUUUCUCGGCGUCUCGGUCUUCAUAUCUCGGCUUCAGCGAGUUUACCAUCCAGUGUCUUCACACUUCGGCUUCUCAUCUCAACGCCCGGGAUCAACGCCUUCCCGCUGAUCGCCCUUACACUAACGGUUACUUCCUCGACCUCGUCACCCAGGUUCGACGCUACGCCGCCAUGAUUCAGGCUAAUCGCCAGCGGGUCCAAGCGACCCAGGACGCUCAGGCUCAGUCCACCGACAAGGACGAGCAGUCCUCCCUUAUCUCUUCCGCCUCCCUCGAGGGUGGUCUCUCCAAGAAUGGCCGCUCUGUUGAGCUGGUUUUCGUACAAGAUGGUCAGCUCAUUUCCGCGGCCACCGGCCUGCCUUACAAGGGAGAUAUCCCUACUUCCAUCAAGCGCACCAUCGAUCUCAGUGAUGAGCAGCAGCCCGACGAAGGUGUUCAGCGUUCCAUGGCUCGCCGCAAGAAGAAUGCACCUCCCAUGGACAUCAACCAGAAGUGUGCCCACUGCGACAAGGUCUUCAAGCGUCCCUGCGACCUGACCAAGCAUGAGAAGACUCACUCGCGCCCCUGGAAGUGCACCGAAACCGACUGCAAGUACCACCAAAUUGGAUGGCCAACUGAGAAAGAGCGUGAUCGCCACAUGAACGACAAGCACUCCGACACUCCCACCAUCUUCAGCUGCACUUUCGAGCCCUGCACUUACAACUCCAAGCGUGAAAGCAACUGCAAACAGCACAUGGAGAAAGCUCAUGGCUGGAUUUACGUUCGCUCCAAGCACAGCUCUCGUGCAAUGGGUGCCAGAAGCAACCGUGGCACGUCCAUGCGGGCCAGCCCCGCCCAGGCCAGCUCUGCUCAGGCUACCCCUGCCGUUCCUGCCACUCCAAGUGUGUCUACUCCUGCUUCCGGCCCAACCGACUUCAGCACCCCCAGUGUGGGCCCGACUCCCUCUCCUUAUGAGGCUGCCAUUGAGUUCCCCGAGAACAUGGACUUCAACUUCUCUGACCCUCCCGUGCCCCUGGGCAAUGGUUUCCCAACCUUCAUCGAGACCUUCAAUACCGUCGGGGCCGCUGAUGCCGUCGAGACUGUCGAGACCGGUGUGGAGAACUACAUCGGCUACAAUAACUCGCCAUACCAUACCUCCUCGUCCGGAAGUGUCGCAAACGACGGUAGUUUCGAGAACUACGGGUUCAACCCCUCUCCCCAGCCCGUCACCUAUCCGGCUGGUAUGAGCAAUGACCAGGUCCUGAGCAAUGACCCGGUCUUCACCACCAUUGACUUCGACGGACUCGCAGGUCUCCAGGCUCAAUUUGCGGCCGCCGAUCCCGAGGGCCUCAUCCCUCACCUGGACGGCUUCAAUCCGUACCAGGUGCAGCAGCCCACUGACUCCAACAUGGAGGGGUUGCCGCUGGGUAUGAAGGAACUCACCGAGGAGGAGUUCAUGAUGGGCGUUCAGAACGUCGAGAACCAGUACGUUGGGGCUCCUGCCCACUUGUCCGGUCUGUCCCCCGGUGCACAGGGGAACAUCAUGUUGUUCUCCCCAGAACUCGGUAUGUCGGGAGGCAACAUCUCCCAGGACUUCCCUUUCGGCGUCGCCAUGGCGCAGCAACAUGGCACCGACUUCACCCUGUUCGGUGAACCCGUUCCCGCCCCCGGCCCUCAGCUGCAGGGCACUCAGCAGCCCUACGGCCAGGGCCAGUAUCUGCCCACGAACUAG